UUUUUUUAUCUGCUAAAAAUCAAUGAUUAUUUCUUAAUGAGUGCUCUGAUCGUUGAUCGAAGCUCUCAAACAUGUUUUUUUUUGUUUUGUUUUUUGUUCUCAAAAACACUACUCUAUUCCACUUUUGAAUGUGAGUUUAUCAAUGUUUUUUUUCCUCUUCAUCAUCAUCAUCAUAUUAUUUUAUUAUUCGUUGAUGCUGUAUGCUGUUUUGUUUUGUUUUGAUUUUGAUUUUGUCCAUACAUAAAGAAGAAAUUAUCCAUAUUGAUGGUUCAUUGAUUUUGUUUUACUCAUCCAACACAAAUCCCGAUUCUUGACGUUAAUGAAAGGAAAAAAAACUUGUUUAUCUUCUUCUUAAUGUGUUAUUAUUAUUCAAAAAAAAGAACUGCAAGAUAAUUUUAAUAAGAAAAUUUUCUUGCCAUUAAAAUUCAUGUGUAUUCUGUUGUGUUUGACUGAUUCGUUACAUUCGAUUCAAAGUAGCCAUAAAAGAUUGCCAUUGGAUUUCAUAUUCAACAUUCAAGAUGGAUCAAUCGACAAAAUCAAACAAAAAUAAAAUCGUUUGUAUUAUCGGUGCUGGUAUAAGUGGAAUGGUUACAGCUAAAUCUUGUCUUGAAUAUGGUAUUGAACCUGUUGUUUAUGAACGUACAAAAAAUUUAGGUGGAUUAUGGCGUUUUCGUGAACUAGUGGAACCUGGUCAAGGAUCCGUUAUGCGUAGUACAGUGGUUAAUUCUAGUAAAGUUAUGACCGCUUUUUCUGAUUAUCCAUUUCCUGAUGAUUAUCCGAAUUUUAUGCCCAAUGAAUUAAUGUACGAAUAUCUUGUGAAUUAUGGAAAAGAAUUUCAAUUAGAAUCACAUGUUAGAUUCUCUCAUGACGUACUACGAAUAGAACAUGCUAAAGAUCCAAAUGAUGGAUAUAUGGUAACCGUUAAAGAUCUUAAUAAUGAUUUCAUUCAAACAUUACGAUAUGAUGCUGUGGCUGUUUGUAGCGGACAUCAUCAUACACCUAAAUCUCCUACAUUUCCUGGUCAAGAAACAUUUCAAGGAAAAAUCAUUCAUUCACAUGAAGUUAGAUCCAUAUUGAACAAUGAAGAUUUUAUCGAUAAACGUAUUGUAGUGCUUGGUAUCGGUAAUUCCGGUGGUGAUGUUGCUGCUGAAGCAGCUCCCGUGGCUAAACAAGUUUAUCUUUCCUCUCGUAACGGUGGAACAUGGUUAUUACGACGUACUGGUCUUGGUGGACAACCUGUUGAUACUGUCGGUAUUCGCCGUGCUUUUAUGGGCGCUCUUCAUACAUUACCAUAUUCAUUACGAUGUUCGGUAAUGGAAUUUUUAGCCUCACGAAUGGUUGGUCAUGAUUUACUUGGACUUCGGCCGGAAAAUAUACGAUUUUUUGAACAACAUGCAAUGAUCAAUGACCAUAUUCCUACCUAUAUUCAUUUAGGAUGGAUUAAAAUGCGUUUUGGUAUUGAACGUUUUACACCGAAUGGUGUUGUAUUCGAACGUGAUAAUGGCCAUGUUACUGAAUGUGAUUUAGUUGUAAUGGCCACUGGUUAUGAACAUUCAUUUCCUUUCAUUACAUCGGAAGUAUUUGACACUUCAAAUGGACGAUUCGAUCUUUAUAAACAUGUUUUUGAUCCACGUCAACCACAACCUGAACGGUUGGCAUUCAUUGGAUUACCGGCUGCCAAUGGUAGUUUACCACCAAUAUCAGAGAUUCAAUCUCGUUGGUUUUGUUUACUAUUGACUGGCCAAUGUAAACCACUUCCAAGUGUGAAGAAAAUGUUUAAAAAAAUUGAAAACGAUAGAAUAUGGGUAGCAGAUCGAUUUGGUGCUGAUAGAGUUGAUCAUUUUCGAUUCGAAGUUGAAAUGAUGGAUUAUAUGGAUAUGGUGGCUCGUUCAGCUGGAUUAAUGCCAAAUAUUUUUAUUCAUAUGAUUAAAGAUCCACGAUUAUGGUGGUCAUUGGUAUUCAAACCAUGUAUAGCUGCUCAAUAUCGUAUUAAAGGACCGGGUGCAAAACCAAAACAAGCAAGAAAAUUAAUACUAACCAUUGAUGAACGUAUUAAAGCUCCUUAUCGAAAGGUACGUAAACCAGAAAUCAUUCAACAACAACAACAACAAGAAAAUGGCAAUGAAUUUGAUAGUAAAAGAGCUUUGCUGAAUCCGAACAAGACAAAAUUCAAUUAAAUUAAAUUGUUAAAUUUC